UGCCUUGUCGCCGUGCAUGGCCGCCACGUUUCCGUUAAUAUGGCCGGCACCACGUGUCUUAUAUAUCUCAAAACUGAAUGAUCUUUAUAUUCUCAUCUGAUCCACUACUUCAAGAAUCAACCGUUCCAUUUUUCAACCACGCACUGUUUUCACUUCAAAUCGUCAUUUAUUUUUGGGUUUUGUUGACCUUUAUCCACUUCAAAAGUCUAAUUUAUUGAAUUUACGUACACUAUGCGAUCGGACUUGGAUCCAAGGGAAUCUCUUUCUCCGACGGAGGAAUCUCCUCCGCUGCCGCCGCCGCCGCCGCCGCGAGAAACAACCAUCAAAGAUAUUGUGCGAUGGAAGAGGAGACGUUUUAACAUCGCAGCUAUUCUUAUAUCAACAGCCGCAUGGGUUGCUCUAGAAAUAUAUGGGCUUAACUUCGUUACAGUGUUGUCUUGGGCAGCCAUGCUUGGGGUUACUUGUUUGUUCAUUUGGGGCAACAUUGAUGGGCUUCUAAGGAAAGAAUCAUCAAGAGACAUGCCUUGGUUGCACAUUAGCAGAGAAUCAGCGGUGGCGACGGCCAACUUAUUCCACCACCGGGUCGAACAAUGUGUUAAUUCUGUGUUACGUUUUGGUGCGGAGAGCUCGUGGCACGUCGUUACCGGAGCUUUGGCUUCUUUGGCUUUGCUCUCACGAAUUGCCACUCACCUCCAUUUUGUUUCUUUUCUCUACCUAGGUGUGUUGGGUGGUCUUACAGUACCAAUAACGUACAUCAAGUAUGAACACAAGAUUAAGGAGUCCGAGGAACGAGUUAGGGUGCACUACCGAAGGUGUUACAGCAUGGUUUGGCAAAAGGCCAACGAUCUAAAGAAUUUGAUUUCAAGUAGGGCAGAGUAUUGGCAAAAGAAGGUGUUUCAACAUAAGAAAGUAGAAUAAUAGUGAGUGGAGUAAUAUUCUCUUCUUAGUUUGCACUUG